AUGUACGGGAAAGUUCAGGCGCCGACGUUCCUGGAGCCCAUCCAGAACGUGACGUUUCCAGCGGGGCGUGACGUGAGGCUGGCCUGCGUUGUCGACCAUCUGGGCUCAUAUAAGGUGGCCUGGAUCCAGAAGGAGCACUCGAUAAUCCUGACCGUUGGUAACCACGUCAUCACCCGCAACCCCCGCGUCAGCGUCACCCACGACGGCCACCGCACGUGGUUCCUUGGGAUAAAAGACGUGCAGCCACGCGAUGCCGGCACCUACAUGUGCCAGAUCAACACUGAGUCCGUCAUCAGUCAAAUAGGCUACCUCAACGUCAACGGUAAGUCAAACGUCAUCAGUCAAAUAGGCUACCUCAACGUCAACGAUGAAGAGGCCCAUGGUCCGCUGCUGUUCCUGAAGGAUCUGAAGCGGACGGACAUGGCUGCCUACCUCUGCAUUGCGUCCAACGGCGUCCCGCCUUCUGUCAGCAAGCGCAUCAAAGUUGAAGUCGAGUUCCAGCCGCUGGUCUACGCACCCCUACAGCUGGUGCACGCACACUUCGGCCAGCAGAUGGAAAUCGAAUGUUUAAUUGAGGCCUUCCCACCUGGUCUGAGCUACUGGAAGCGACCGUCGGGAAUUGAGAUACUCCACUCCGAUAGCAAGUACAAAGUGACAAACUACGAAGGUUCUGUGAGCUACAAGAGCCGCAUGGUGCUGACCAUCAGGUCAGUCCAGCAGGGAGACAUCGGCGAGUACAACUGCAUCUCGAACAACAGUCAGGGAGGCGCUGAACAGGAGGUGCUACUGUCUGCCUCCAUGCCAAUCAGCCAGAACACCAUCAGUAAAGGUGGAGCCAAAUCCACAUUGUUCGACAGAGAGAAAGCCAUAUCAGAAGAAAACCAAUUUAUUGAGGGCUUCGAGCCUCCCGCCAAGGAAGGAUCUGAGAGCAAAAGUUCGCUUUUGCACGGCGCUCCUUCACCGAAUGAUCGUAACAGCGCCAGUACCGUCGACACGAAGCAAGAAGACCUGCGAUCUUACAGCGAUCCUGGUUUACGCAAGAUCCACCACAACGGCAGGAAUCGCGACUUCAGCCCGCGCCAAACUUUCGAUCUGAUUGCAUCUGGCGCCGCGAGCUUGCGGAACUCCUUGCUCAAACUCCACGGACAAACCCCGCCGCUUCUCAAUGCGAUGCAGCGCAUGGCACACAAUGUAACUGUGAAGUCCAUCAAAGAAGGUAUUGGUAUUAUAGAUCCUGGGUUGCUGAUGUGGCACACUCAACUCGAGGGAGAGUCACACUUCGCAACGCUGUUAGAUUCUCAGCCACUGAGGUUUCUCGCAAUAUUUCUCGAUUUCAAAAUAACUUUUUGCUUGUUAAUGCUAAAUUAUUCCUUUAGACUUAUUCCUUAAAAAAUUGGAUAACCGAGCAAAUUCCAAAAUGGUUUUCUUAUAUAUUCGCUCUUAUGCUUCCAAAUGGUUUCCUAUUAACUUUAAUUCUGUACUUACUCAAUUUUACUUGAUAGUAGUGGAGUGUCGUUGAAUAUUUAAUAACUCAUGGGAGGAAGUUGGUGCCAUAUCCGCAGUUAAAAUCAAGUAAGAACCUCCGUAAGGCUUCAUAUGUCUGACAUAUAUAUGAUAUUUUCCAAUACUGAUGGAUAAAAAUUUUGAUAAAUGCGUGCAUCAACGGACUCAUGAGUCAAUUUAUAAACCAACAGGCUUAUAAAUCCCUUCAGAAUUAUUGAAUGUUGUUGGUGAUAUUAAAAAUUUUAAAGCAAGGUUAAUGAUCACAUCUUAAGACUUGAAACAGGUCGCAUUAUCCGAUAUUACUAGCUAAAAUUUACUGUUAAGAUUAAUACGCAAUUCCCUGAAAAAUUUUCUUGUAGUGGGAAAUGGAGACAAAGUAAUUGUAUCCAGUUUAACUUUUGCUAGAAAAUAAGGAUGAUUUUUGAUAUUGGAGAAGGAAAUUAAAAAAAAACAAAUAGUAUAUGAAUUAUUAGUUCUAACCUCAAAAGAUGCGCUGCAAGUACGAACUUUCUUUUAAAAUUAAAUUCAUCUACGAAGACGUGCAGAUUAAUGUCCAGCUUCAUUUCAAAUUUUCAAAAAAAAAAUCAUUUGUCCGUUUAAAUUUCAUAUCAAUAAAAAAAUUGUGUACAAAGAUGCCCUUGAAUCCAUGCUGCAUUGAUGAUUUUUUUAUAAUCAGAAGUGUCAUUAGGAACAGACUAGACGGAUGUCAUACAGCCGCCAUAAUUUGUCCGAUGUUUGCCAUACGUAAAGUUUUUUUUUUUUAAUUUUGUAAAUAUAUACCAACAAAUUUGUCUUAAAUGUGCGAUAUAUAACUAAAUUCAACGCAUUAGACGCGGCUUACUGAAGAAAUAAUCUUUAAUAUUACUUCUCUAGUUUCCGUUUACUAAAUCCCGAACGUCGACUAACUCUGAGUGAUCGAAAUGCUCGAACUAUGUAUUUUGGAGCAUAGAUGAUAAUUUAAAAUUAAAGUAUAUAAAUUGAACACAUAUCAAAAGUAUGAAACUGUUCAACAAUUUUAUGCUAAGUUGUUGGAAUUUGAAAAUAUAUAUCUGUAAAUAAUAAUGAAUAAUAAACCACGAUAAAACCAUGUUCAAGUUAGGCAAAUGUUCAACAACUGCCAAAGAUUCACACCUUUUUUCACUACUUGCAUACUUUCUGACCAUGAUUUAUCAUUUUUUCUUGAUUUUUUACAACGGUUAAAAAAUUCUUAUUGAAAGAAAGCAAUAUUUGUAAAAAUAACAACACAUUAGUGCACCUCAAUAAAUCAGUGUGUGAGGAAGUGAGACAGAUCUUGACACAUAAUUGACAGACACAUAGUGAAAUGGAAGUGAGACACAUAAUUCACUUCAAAUUUUCUGUAUUUACUCACUAUUCAUUCUAAGAGAAGUGCAUUCCUGACUUGAUGUGAAAUAAAAUGCUGCCUGCAAAAUUUAUAUUAUGACAGAACUUAUACGGUGUCUAGGAGAAUAAAAAAGUAAAACCAAGUUAUUUUAAACGUUUCGUAUAACCUCUAACAAAUCUAUUUAGCGACAUUCCCAUAAAAAUCCGAAAUACAUCGACGUUUUUUUUGUAACUUUCAACAUAAACACAAUUUUUACGAGAUUUUUAUUUCAACAAAAACACGCUGAGAAACAUGGGAAAGACACCUGACAGUGUAGCAUAAAAAUAAAUGAAUUGUUUUCAAUUCCUAGCAGCAUAUUUCAAUCAAUUAAAAUGCAAACUUCUCUUCCACAAACGCACAGAUUUGAACAUAUCUUUUCGCCCUCGCAUAUCACCCGUGCAAUAAGUAGUGAUAAACCCUUAGGUUAAUUAGGAGUCGCAUGUGAUUUCAAUUAAAAUCUACUACGUGCGAAAAUAUGAUCGUUGAAUUGCUUCAAACAAAUAACUAAACAAUUUAAGCAUCGACUUUGAUGAUGUUCCUGUGCGUUAGUUGUUGUAAAAAUAAAUAAUGUGUAAUAGAAAAGUGUUAAUAGCUCCGUAUAUUGCAUGGGUUUUGUUGACAAGAUUGUGUAUUAAUGUCUUGUAUAUAUUAGAAAUUAUGGUUUCUUGUGUGUAUGAUUAAUCUAUAAGUCAUGUACGCGAAUUAAACCGAGUGUACUCAC